CCUUCCUCCUGUCCGACUUUUAGUCUCGCGAUCGGUCUCGGGCCUCCUGCCUGCCACCGGUCUCGCGACUGUCUCGCAUCGCUUACGGCAGUUCGUAAACGAGUGGCCGUUUAACAACGCGAGACACGCGCGUCUCUCCAAGCGUCUAUCUUCUGAAAGCGGGUCUCGCUGAAUUCUUCGAGAAAGCUUAUGCAAAGUCGCGACCGUCUGCCCGCUGGUCCGAUCGUGCUUUUUUUUCUGUGUCACCAGCCGAACACGAUCUGGCCGGCACAGCGCGACUAGUGUGACGCGUUCUAAGCGUCACGCGUUCCUACCGUUCACGGACAAUGGGCAAGGACGAUCGUUUCAGUUUCUCUUUGCGCGUUUGUUUGCUCGAUCGGAGUGAACCGCGACGAAAUAUGUCGUCGAUACGACGAUGUUUCGCAGCUGGUGUCGCCAGAACGGUUAAUUCGUCGUAGAAUCAGCCGCGUUCGCCAGUGUCAGUGUUGGCCUCGAUCGCGUUCGUUCGAACGAGGAGACGUUUUACGCGACGUUUUGCGCGACGUUUUACGCGAAUUAUCGCCUGCCGCGUUUACCACGCUAAUUCGAUGCUGUGCGAUACCGUGCGAUAACGAUUGUACCAAGGUAGUGGUGGAAGCUGGUCCUGCCGCUGCAAGAAAAAGAUUCCUUCGUUGUGCGUUGUCCGCGCGGCCAGCUAACGGACGUGUGCCGUUGGACAAAAAAGAAGAUACAAAGAAACUAUCGACGAUACAUUGUGUCCUGGAAAAUAGUCAUCGUGACUGACCCGUUUCGCGAUAGAGGGACGCGAAUAGAUUCGUUGGAUCGUUGAGCGUUGAUCGGUUUCUUGGAAAGCAGAUCGUCGUCGCGCUACUACCGGGCCUCGACGUCUUCCAAAUGCACAUUUGUAUAGCUGUCUCGCGCGAUAUUCACUUUUUUUUCUUCUUCUUGUCUCCGAGAGAACGCGGGUCGUGCCGAUUUACCUUUUCUUCUCCGUCUCACCGGAGGUCAUUUUCCCUAUUACGCGUCUCUGUACGAUUUUCGUUAUCGGCAUAAUAAAGCAUAAAUAAGCAUAAAUAAGCAUAAAUAAGGCGUGCUUGUACACGUGUGUGCUAAUGGAUUAUUACGCGCAACUUGCUAUGCACCGUGUUCGUGACGCAAUCAUCCUUGGAGGUGCAAUUUAUCGAUAAUUUUUUUUCAACCGCGUCGUCUUCUCGUCUUCUCGUCUUCUCGUCUUCUCGUCUUCUCGUCUUCUCGUCGUAGGUCGCGGAAAACACGGUGUUCAAAAUGUCGAACGCAACUCUCGUGCCUUAUCGCCGCCCUUAUUAACUCGUUGGCUGUGAUAGCGCGUUUAUCAAACGCAAAUCCAGCUUCUCAUCUAGCGCGUUGAGCCGCGCUGUUCCACCUUUUACCAUUCCACUUGCCGACUUAAUGUCGGAAUCGUUGCUUCUUCGUUUUUACGCUUUUCCAUCUUGCCCGAGAAACGUCCAUCACCGUUAUAUCGACGAAUGAAACGAACCGUCGCGUUUUGAAACACCGCGUCCAGACGAAACGUUCUUUCGAUCGUUCUUCCACGACCGUUUCUACCGUUUACGAGGCGCCAGUACCUCCUCUACGUAAGGAAAGAAAAACGGUCGCCGCGGAUACUUGUAAUCUCUUCGCUCGAAAUAUUCUUUGAAAUUUUUACUCUUCCGUACUCGCUAAUUUGAUUUCCAGUUUCCAUUUUCACAGACUUUGAAUCGGUGUGAUUAUCACUCGACGUUGCUUCCCCCGAGCGAAUCGAUUUUAGUUUUAGUUUAGACGAGAAACUUUGUGAAAGUCGACAAGUAAAAUUCCAAUCGCAAAAGAUCCGCUUCUUUCUUUCCUUCUUUCUCCUCCUCUCUUUAUCAAUCGUAAAUUUCAAUUUAUUUUCGAUCGAAACAGCCGCGCUAUCGAAGAAUUUCAUCGACAAAAGUUCGUCCAUCCGAGUUCCGUGAUUACAAAGUGGCGAUUAAAAAAUCAACAAUUAGUCGAACGGGAAUCGCCUGUCUCGUCGGCGGAUAAUGCAAAUCACUUUCACUCGCCAAUUAUUUCGUGCCGAUUAUUUCGUUCGUUCUAACCUCGAGGAGAAACGCGAACGAGGAAACGAUUUCAAUGGGUUUCGAGUCGUUCUCUAAGACUCGAAGCGGAAAUCUUUUGUCUUUCGCGCCAACCUAUCUCGUUAAUAACUCUGACAAACUCGAUUUCUCAGUACCUCUACGUACGUACGUACGUACGUACGUGCAGUCUUGAUUAAUAUCAUGCAAAUGCGAAACGAUGCAGCAAGAUCGCAUCGAGUUAUCCUGCCAUAACCAACGCUUUUCGUACCGUGAUGGUGUUCACUCAAACUCCGUCCAACGAUAAAUUACGCUUUCUACUUAACAAAACGUUGCCUCGUAACUGCGCGUGUCAUACGCUGAUUUCGAUAAAAGCCAGACUUUUUAAUUACCAUGAAUCACACCGACGUACUCUUGUCAAGCGGUCAUCGCUGCUUGCACAGGGGUUUAAAAAAAUAUCCCAGUAUCGAUAAAAAGCUGUGGGAUCCAAGUAGUAGAUGGAUUCUUCAAUGGGAUAAUAUCGUAAAGCAUCCAGGUGCUCGAGCAAGAGGUUGUCAUUGCGACAUUCACAAACCACCGUGGCUAUAUCCGCACUUAGUUGGCAAAACCACCGAUGAAACGGACAGAGCGAUUAAAUCGGCUCCUGUGAAAAGGUUAGCUGCUGCUGCUGCUGCUGCUCCUCCGAAAAGAGGACAAUUCGGUCCUGCGAAAGCUCCAUCUUCAGCUCUAGGUCAAGCUGGCGCCGUCGACGAGGAAACUUUCCUUACAGCGUUCGAAGAUGUGCCAUCUGUAAAUUUGUUUUCCGCAAAAGAUCUCGAAGAGCAGAUGAAAAUCAUAAGAGAAAAUGUUGGUGACGAUAAAAAAGAUUGGAAACAAAGGACAGAGAGUAUGAAAAAAUUAAGAGCAAUCGUUAUAGCGGGCGGUACGAAUUACGAAAACUUUUUAGAAAACUUGAAAAGCGUGCAAAGAUCUUUUGAAGUUGCUUGCACGGAUCUUAGGUCGCAAGUGGUAAGGGAGGCGUGCAUUACCUUAGCGUUUCUUAGUCAACAGUUAAAAAAUAAAUUCGCUAGUUUUGGAGAAGCAGUCUUACUCACCUUAAUGAACCUCAUACAAAAUAGUGCCAAGGUUGUGGCAACAGCUGGUGCCGUAGCCGUGAGGUUUAUUCUUCAGAAUACGCAUUACAGUCGUUUCGUGCCAAUUAUCACAUCCUGUUUAAGUCACAAGAGCAAAGACAUACGUCGAGCAUCGUGCGAAUAUCUAAAUCUAAUUUUACAAAUAUGGCCUACUCAAAUAUUACAGAAACACUUGACCAUCUUACAAGAUACGAUCAAGAAAGGUAUCGCCGACUCGGAUUCGGAAGCAAGAGCCUUUGCCAGGAAGUCAUAUUGGGCAUUCAAAGAUCAUUUUCCGGAACAAGCAGAGGCAUUGCUCAACAGCCUCGACACCGCGUACAAACGCUCGUUGAUGUCCCUUAGCAAUAGCGGUAGCAUUAACAGUCUGAACGUAGUGACGAGAUCGGCCAGCGUUAGUCCUCGAACAUCCAGACCAGUGAUGAGCGCCACAGGUAGUACGGAAAAUUUGCAUCAGUCUUCGGGUCAACCCCAUGGCCCGCUCAGACGAACUCCCUCCUUGCCACGGUCUUAUCGUCAGUCUGGUAUUCCAGUUCUCCAAAGACCCACUGAUAGUCAUUAUCGUGCAACUCCGGGCGUUAGAUCUACUAGCGCGAUAGAUUUGCAAGCCGCGCAAAGAGCUAAAGCGAGAAUGAUGUACGCGAAUAUGAGCAGACAGAAAGCGUCCCUUCCACGACCUAGCAAAUCACCGGACACAACCGCCGUUGCUAGUCCAGAAAGAACCGCGAGAACAAGGACCAGAGUAUCCGGAGUGUCGCAAUCUCAGCCUAGCAGCAGAUCGGGAUCACCGUCCUCGAGACUCAGUUAUGCAACGUACAAUCGCGAAGGAGAAUCGUUAAUUGCAAGACCUAGACGGUUAUCCGGCCACGGGAUCAGAAGUACCGGUAACAGUCGUGAACCAAGUCCGCAAAGAUUCGGAAUGGAUAGAAGUUUCGCGAGCAAAAUACGGGGAAGAAGUUUACAUAUGUCUCCGACGGACAGGCCUCAAUCCAGACCAGUUAUGGCACAAAAGAUGCUGCAGCAGUCGCGUGAAGCGGAAUCAGCGUUGGCGGACGCGCUUACCUUCGAAAAUAUCGACAAUUACCCAAGAACACCGAGAGGAAAGGGCGAUCACAGCGAUGACAGUGAAACCAGCAGCAUAUGCUCCGAACGAAGUAUGGACAGCUUUAGGCGACCAAACGAUUCGUUCUCAUGGAGUGGCUCUCAACAAAGACUGUAUCGUGAUAUGUGGGAUCAAUCUAUCCCAAAGGAUAUCAAGGAAAUCAUAGAGAAUUGCGCGCAUAAACAUUGGGGCGAUAGGAAAGAAGGUUUAGUCGGAUUGCAACAUUUUCUGUCAAAUGGAAAUACGCUUACAGCCACGGAAUUGCGCAAAGUAACAGACAUCUUUACGAAAAUGUUCAUGGAUUCUCAUACAAAAGUAUUCAGUUUAUUUUUGGACACACUGAAUGAAUUAGUAGCUACUCACAGCGAAGAUCUCGGUGACUGGCUUUAUGUUUUGUGUGCUCGACUUUUGAAUAAAUUAGGCACCGAUUUACUUGGCUCGAUACAAGCGAAAAUACACAAAACGCUCGAGGUGGUUAGGGAAUGCUUCCCCGGAGAGCAACUUUUGCCGGCUGUAAUGAGGUAUCUGACGGAUCCAACGCAAACGCCAAAUUCUCGUGUAAAAAUAGCCACACUCGUGUUUAUCACGCAAAUAGCAGAAACGGCAGAACCGUCUGCUCUUAUUAACUCUGCUGGGACAGCGCUCGCAAGGUUACUCGACUGGUCGAACGAUGUUAAAAGCCAAGAUGUCAGGAGGCAUGCACAAAAUGCUGUUAUAUCGCUGUAUAAUUUGAAUCCUCCGAAAGUCACUAUGAUAUUAGCUGAAUUACCCAAGUAUUAUCAGGAGGCGGCAUUGCCUUUGGUGCAAAAUCACUUGAGGAAAUCGUCGGGUUCGAGUAAUCCCGCGUCCCCUGGAACUCCGCCUCCUAGGGCGCAGAGCUCACCAGCUCGUUCGAAAGGUAAAGGUGACAUUGACAAUGCGGAUGAAAACUUGGAAGAAGUUUAUAAAUCUUUAAGGCGUACGACGGCGGAGAUACAAAAUUAUGGUUUUGAACGUUUAGAAAGAGCAACUACCAGCAAAGACAGUGGAAUCAGCAAUAUGGCUGAUGUCGAGGAAAAAAUGGAAGGACUUACGUUAUGCAACUCGGGUCGUUCGUCUUCUGUUUCUUCGCCCACGCAAAGGGGACGAUCUGUGACUAACAUUACAGUUAAUGGUUCAAGCGAUACGAUCGCCGGGGAUCUUAUCCUACCUCAGGAAAAUAAUGGUUACAAAACGCAUGGGUCAUCACCCGAUUCGAUAAAAAGGCCAGAAGUUUUAGAUAAUAUGAUUAAAACGUUGCAAUCCAAGAUGACACAAACCGAAGAAAAAGUAUCAGCUCUACAAGAAUUUCAAUUGUACGUUCGCGAAGGAGAUGCUUUGUACAUUAAACAGAAUUUUAAAAAGCUGCUCAAAACGUUGUUAGAUAGUUUGACUAACGAUAGCAAGAAAAUGCAAGUAGAAGUACUUCAAACUUUAAUCGAUAUGCUUAAAUGUCCAGAACUUGUCGACAGUUUUUCCGUCUAUCCUGAAUUGCUGGUUUUAAAAGUAAUUAACGCGUAUAAAUUAGACGACCAGAAACAAGAUUCUUCCACUAGUAGCAAUUCAAGAUCUCCAGUUCUCUGGAUGGCGGAAAAAUGUGCUGCAACGAUAGCGAUGGUUCUAAAGCCAGAACAAGUGAUUCACCUAGUAUCGACUAUAAUAACUACCGAACCAUAUCCCCUGAAUAUGGGCGCGAUAAAAAUGCUUCACAAGGUUGUGGAACAUUGGGGUCGCGAUGCGAUAGAACCUCAUUUGUCGAAAGUUAUGCCCGGUCUCAUCAAAGCGUACGAUGACAAUGAAAGCGCGGUACGUAAAAGCGCUGUGUUUUGUAUGGUAGCGAUACAUUUGGCAGUUGGCGAAGAAUUGUUGAAACCUCAUCUCAGCUGCUUGUAUACCAGCAAACUGAAGCUUUUAAACAUUUACAUACAACGCGCGCAACAAGCGAACAGUCAGCCGGCAAGCCCACGUAGCAAUAGUAAAAAUUAACUAACAUCAAACUCCGCGACGCUUAGGAUCGCGAUACUUAAGAGAUUUGCCCGUUUGAGUGCAAGGCAUGAACGAAUGCUGGUUAGCUUCCUCAGUAAGUCGAAUCCGUGAUGGCUACGAUCGAGCAGUAAAACGAUACAUGUCGAUGUUUUUCAAUACGAUAGACUGAUCUACAUGAUUUCACGGCAAGGUGUAUUAACGGCAUACCUGAACUCCUGACAGUGAUGUUGCACAAAGACAGGUAGUAUGCAAGUUGUUUACGCGUAUUGUUUCGUUUACGGAAAAUCUAUGCCUGUUUCAAAGACAGAAUCGCUUUAGAUAUAAGGUUCAUUGAGUCAUAAUACAUGUAUUUUUUAUCGAUACGUUACAUCCUGAUAUUAAGUUGCAGCGUUGUUUCUUAUUUUAAGAAAAGGGGGAGGGGGGGGGAAGGAAAAAAGAGAAAAAAAAGAGAAAGGAAAAAGCAACAGGAGAAGGCUCCUCCUCGUAUCUUAUCAAGCUCGCAAAACAUAUUAUCGUGCCUCUUGUCCACUUUGCGAUUUUAUAUACUUUGAAUUCUGUUCGCGAUAUCUCGUUAAGAUAUUGUAUAUAUUUACGUAUGUAUCUCGGUGUAUCGUUGUGCAUCCCGUAGAGUUGAUUGCGGUCGUUCGACAGGAAUGCGAUGCCAAUGACCUAAAUAUCGUCGAUCUGACGUGAGUGAAAGUAUGAGAAGACAGUGCGACAUCACUGCCGAGAGAGAGAGAGAGAGAGAGACUCAUAUAUACUUUGUAAGCGGAAUAUACGUGAAUGCCAAUUAUAUCGAUACCGAGAAAGACAUUGUAUAAAAAUACGUUAUACGCUUGUUCGCCGAUUUACAAACAUCGCUAACAGUAUCGCACCUUGCAAUGGAUAAGUUAGGAGAAAGGUGAAGACUCAAAGGUAUCACGAUGAAAAGUUCAAACUGAGUAUAGGCGCUAUGUUUGAUAUGGGUUCUGUACGAACAGUGAGAGUGAAUAAAUUUCAUAUAAAAUAUUUUCUUCGCAUUUCAGCAUUAACGACAUAGAGAAGGCUCGCGCGGAUAUCGUAUCUCUUAAUAAUUUGCAUGCGUGCAUAAUACGAUUGUCACGGGAGCAGCUCUCUUACAUGCGUCGCGUAGAUCGAGAUGUUGAAAAACAAAUCGUGAACAUAUUUGUUAAAAAUCCAUGUGCUAGUCAGAUUUCCAAGGACGCACAAUGACACAAGAGAUGCAGACGAGAUGGUGGAAAGUUUUACGAGCAAACAACAGGAACAAUAUUUGAACAGAUAGAGUCUGCGAGAGAAACAGAGAGAAUGCGAUAGAGUGAAUGAGAGAUUAUAUGCGACGAAAUCAGCAAAACUAGAUUAGCAAUGAUUAGGGGAAUGAUAUUCGAAACUAACGUUAAUAUUUAAACUAUUCGUCACGUUGCCAAUAAUUAAACGAAUGCUAAAUCAAAGCUAACAUAACGAGUUUAGUAAUAUUCUGUGCCAUUGUCGUUUUUGUUUUAUUUAUAUAUAAGGAUAAAAUUAUAUAUAAAUAUAUACUUAUCACCUUUCGUCUUUUCUUACUUACUAGUGGGUUCAAGUAACAGAAUAAUUUCACGAUGAAAUUGAAACUGAAUGAUCCAAGUAUUAAAACGAAGAAAAGGAAUAGACACUGCAUUAACUAAAUUUGAUAAUGUUCUCCAAAGACACGAAUAGUAUGCAUAAAUUACGUUGACGCAUAACCCUUGUCGAGAUUAGGAGGGAGGCAGACGUGUCUCGCAUCUAAUUCGAUAUGGUGUAAAACACAUGAUGGUAAUGCGUAUUGAUAUUCCAAUAGGUGGCCAAAUAGUGCCAAAAGCGUUAUUGUGCGACAGAAGAGCAAUUGGUUUCGAAUCAAUCGUCAAUCAAUAAUCAAUAAUCAAUAAUCAAGUCGGACUAUUUCUUUUACUUGGUGCCUUUGGUGUCGUCAGGACGAAAUUUGUUCGAGGAGAUCGUCUUUGAUCGUCUUGUAAAAAGGAAAGGAAAAGCUAUCGUUGAAGCGAUUGUAGUCUGCAAGUAGCUAGAGAGCUCCUGUAUUUGCUAAUGUUGCGUAAAACGUACAGUGAAAGUUUUUCAUUCGUUAUUACGAUGCAAAACAGAGAAAGAAAUCGAAUUAUUUAUAAUCUUCGUGCUCGUUUAGCGACUUUGUCGUGGAACACGAGGACCCACAUUUUCGUGAAUCGAUACAUGUAUCAUCGACAUCGUCUAAAAAUGUAUCACGUCUAUUUUCAUAAAUUGCGCUAAUCGCAAAACGAAUUGUACGGACGCGAAUCGUCUUUACCGUUUGCGGUUUCAUUACAGGCAGGGUGAAUAGUUUUCUCGUUCACGGGAAAUCGUUACCGACGUUUUACAUUUUACGGUAUUCCGUGGAUGGAUUUUCGAGGGAAAAAACGUAUGGAAGGUUACAUACGUGUAGGAUUUAGUGUGAUUAUUACCGAUUUAUCUAACAUGAAUAUUUUAACGUUGCGUCUAUCGAUAUUCUUUUCGUCAUUCAUUUGUCAUUUGUCGUAAUUAUUUAAAAAAAAAAAAAAAGAAAAGAAAAAAGAAAAAACAAACGAUUUAGGGUUUGACCUGGUGUGUGCGGAUCGUGAGUGCGUGCGCGCGCGCGCGCGUGCGUGUGUGUAUAUAUAUAUGUGUGCGCGUGUGUGUGUAUAUAUAUAUAUAUAUACACACACACACAUACAUAUUAUUAAAUAAUAAUAGAAUCUAAUGUAAUAUUAAUACGGAUUAGGUAGCUCAUCGUCACUGCCUGCAGCGUUGGUCGUGCUGAGUACACGUGGACCUUGGCACUGCUGGACACUGCGUAGUGUCGCGAUCGUUUAUAAAAAAGAGAAAAAGAGGAAAGCUUGUUUUGUUAAGUUUUUGAGCAUUAUUAUUGACAACAGGAUUUAUAUUAUAUUUACUAAUGCGUGUAUGAUACGUAGAUAUAAAUAUAUUAUGACACAUUAUCGAGA